AUGGCGCGGCAAUCAAGAACGCUGCUGAAUGUCGAAGAGUGCUCUGCCGAGCUUAGGGCAAUCUCAUGUCGCAAUGCCAGCGAGUCCACUUUCCUCUCAUUGCCAGCCGAGAUCCGCAAUCGGAUUUACGAGUAUGCGUUUGGCGGCGACACGCAGAGAGUUCGAGUUUCUAGCAAACCUGGUCGUUACCCUGUGCUGAGCGCCCGCAGAUGCAAAUGCGAGCUGUCCGAGCAGCAGAUGAUCGAGCGCUACAAAAUGAACGGCGAUAUCGAAAUUUUCCCCGAUCACUUCUAUGGCGAGGAAAAGGAGCUUACGGAUUGUCACAUAUGCUGCAAAGAUCGCCAACACGACUGCCUCAAUCUCGCACUAUUGCGAGUUUGUAGGCAGGUGUAUCACGAGGCAGCGCUCAUCCCGUACUCCAGCAACGAGUUCAUUCUCGAUGCGACUCAGUACGCUUUCUCUGCCUUUACCUCAGCUCUUCUGCCAGCGCAGCGAAAAGCUAUCACGCGCGUCGCUCUGGUCGGCGACUCUUUGCCGAACGUCCAAUUGGGCUACGCCGGAACUCUGGUGGGCGUCAAAUCUCUUAGCGUGCGCAUAUCCUUGGCGCAUGCUCUAACCUGGACUGCUCCUCAAGGCCCAUUGUGGGAGCGGCCACCGAAGCCGACCAAGAAGGCUUUACUGGAGGGCAUAAGACCUCUAGCUCGUUUCCCGGUUGACAGAGCCAGCGUACUCGUGACUUGGUGUCGGAAUCGGUACGAAUCCCACCAGAGCGCGGAAAGUGAGCUCGAGAUAUCUUUCAAGCGCUCCUUCGACGAGAUCCAAGCCGAGGUUCGAGCUGCGAAGGCGAAAGCGAUACUCAAAAGGAGGAAUAUUGAAAUUGCAGCGGAACGGGCCAAGCGAGAGUCGGAAGAGAGGACAAGGUUGGGAGAUAAGACCUCCUCCAAAGUCACAGAGCAACAGAUGGCGGAUUGGGACGCGCGCCGCACAGCUGCGCAAUCACGUCGUUCGAGGAAGAUACAUUUGCGCACCUCGCAAAAUAUGCAUUGA